UGGCUUUGGCUUUAUCCAUACAUUACGCACGGACUGCACACAGCUGGAGAGUAGAAAUGUGCUCCACUAUCUCUUCAGCUGUUGCCACCACUGCCACUGCUACGGCGGCCCUUCGCCUCCUUGCUCGAUGUCUCCUCUCUUAUCCUUCCUUCUUCGGCCAUUGCCACUGAAAGACCAUCAGAGCCUGACUGCACGCUCACGGUUUCUCCCUCCGGCCUUGCCUUCUGCGACCGAGUUGUAGGCUCUGGCGGGGGGGCAACUAAGGGUCUUCUCAUAAAAGCGCACUAUGUGGGGAGAUUGGAGAAUGGAAAGGUGUUUGAUAGUAGCUAUGAUCGAGGGAAGCCGAUCACCUUUCGAGUUGGUGUUGGUGAGGUGAUUAAAGGAUGGGAUCAGGGUAUUUUAGGUGGCGAGGGAAUUCCUCCAAUGCUUGCAGGUGGCAAGCGCACAUUGAAACUACCUCCAGAACUUGGAUACGGAGUCAGAGGUGCAGGUUGUAAAGGAGGUACUUGCAUUAUUCCCCCAGAUUCAACUCUGUUGUUUGAUGUUGAAUUUAUAGGGAAAGCAUAAUUUCCUGCCUCUGUGAAGAAUCGGAACUUACAUUAAAGAAAGCCAGGUUAGAGAUGAACCUGGGUUUAUGGAUGUAACGGUAAAGCUCCAUUAUGUCAAAUUCUCUUAUUUAAUUUGAAGCACCUAGGAUUCAGCAACUAAACUACUUAAGUCCCUGUUCACUAAUGAAAAUGCGUGCAAUUCAUCACUGGUUUGUUAAAAAAAAUGAAAAACGAUGGGAAUUUCUGUAUUCAUUAUUUGGUUGAUGCAAAUAGAAAUGAAACUAAAAUCACUACUUUGUAGUAGAUGAACUGGACUGACUUACAGGCGGUGAACAUAAAAUGAGCUCUUGGCAUAGAAGUGAAAAUAAAAUGGAAAUGACAAGGGUAAAUACUUCUCAGUAGUUAUUCUAUAAUGUUGUGGGGAAAGUUGCUGUUGG